AUGAAGCUCGCCACCAUCCUCGCGCUGGUCACCCUGGCUCUCUGCUGCAGCCCCACUUCUGCAGAGAUCUGCCCGAGCUUCCUGGGAGCCCUUCAAGCCCUCUUCGAUGGCUCGCCCGCCAGCUAUAUGGCUUCCCUGGAAAUCUUCAAACCUACCGAAGACAUGAAAAGCUCGUGUUCCCAGCUGAAGGCCCUGGUGGACACCCUUUCCCCAAAGACCAAGGAAGGCAUCAGGAAGACCAUGAAGCGCUUCACACUGAUGCUUGUGCUGCUGCUGCUGCGCUCGUGA